GGUUUGGUCUGAAACGAAUCUAAGCAUUUCGUUUUAUACUAGUGUGGGUUUUAUGGUUUUAUAUAAUAUUCUGAUUGCUAACAGCUCCUUCGAAUGCUUCUUUCAAAUAAAAAAACUAUACUUCUGGUCGGUUUAUUUCAGAAAUGUUAAGAAAUUGGCCUCCUGUAAUCGCUAUAGACCACAUAUGCACCAAACAUUACACCCUGCGAACAGCUACUAAAGAAGAGAAAUAUAUCGAAUUCAAAAUGAACGACAUGAUCUGGAUUCCGACUCACGCUAUUCACAGGUGUCCAGAAAACUAUCCCAAUCCCGAAAAGUUCGAUCCAGAACGUUUCUCGGAUGAAAACAAGGGCAACAUUAAGCCAUACACUUAUCUUCCAUUCGGUGUGGGUUCCAGAAAUUGUAUCGGAUCCAAGUUCGCUCUAAUGGAGGUCAAAGUACAGUUCAAGAUACUGCUUAAUUUCGAAUUGAUUCCCACGGCAAAAACUAUAAUUCCCUUGAAGGUUGCCAAGAGAGGAUUAAAUCACACUGCUGAAGGAGGGUUUUGGCUUGGGCUGAAACGAAUCCAAUCAUAAUUUUAAAGAGGAGGCCGGGUGGACAACUGAAAAGGUACAAGGACAUUUUCCACGAAAGUUAAAGGGAAUUAACAUGCAGAAUCAGUGGAAAAAAGCAGCUC